AUGUUGAGAUCAAGUAUAUAUCAAUCCUCUAGAUUAGAGGCCACUAGAGCUUUAAACAAAAUAGUUUCCUCAUAUUUACAAACUGCUUCUUAUUCAACAAGAUCAUCAUCUCAAAGAAAACUACACAACAUUUCAAAUGAUUCAGUUUCAAGUUCAAAUCCUGCUAUGGAUUUCCCAUGUCUUGAUAAAUUACAAGCUAAAACAGAUUUAUUAAGUUCAAACAACAAGACUAUUCCUUCAAUCAAAAGUGAAAUAGAUACAAAUCAAGGUCCUGAACCUGUUUAUUCAAGAGUUCAAUCUGGGUUCCAAAAAUAUCAAAGUAAAGAUCCAUUAUUUUUAGAUUAUGGUGGAUUUUUACCAAAAUUUGAAAUUGCUUAUGAACAAUGGGGUGAAUUAAACUCAGAUAAAUCAAAUGCUAUUCUUUUACAUACUGGUCUUUCAGCUUCAUCUCAUGCAAAAUCUCAACCUGAUAAUACUAAACCAGGUUGGUGGGAAAAUUUCAUUGGUCCAGAUUUACCAUUAGAUACAAAUAAAUAUUUUAUUGUUUGUACAAAUGUUAUAGGUGGUUGUUAUGGUUCAACUGGUCCUUCAUCAAUAGAUCCUUCUGAUAACAAGCAUUACGCAACAAGAUUCCCAAUCUUAUCAGUUAAUGAUAUGGUUAGAGCUCAAGAAAGAUUAAUGAGAGAACAAUUUGGUGUUGAAAAAUUAUAUGCAAGUGUUGGUUCUUCAAUGGGUGGUAUGCAAUCUUUAGCUUAUGCUCAAGAAUUCCCUGAUAGUGUUGAAAAAAUCAUUUCAAUUUCUGGUUGUGCAAGAUCUCAUCCUUAUUCAAUUGCUAUGCGUCAUGCUCAAAGACAAGUUUUAAUGUCUGAUCCAAAUUGGAAAAGAGGUUUUUAUUAUGAUUCUAUUCCUCCACAUGUUGGUAUGAAAUUAUCAAGAGAAAUUGCUACAGUUACUUAUAGAUCAGGUCCAGAAUGGGAAAUUAGAUUUGGAAGAGAAAGAGCAAAUCCAGAUGUUAAACCUGGGUUAUGUCCAGAUUUCCUUGUUGAAACUUAUUUAGAUCAUCAAGGUAAUAAAUUUUCAUUAGAAUAUGAUCCUAAUUCUUUAUUAUAUAUUUCAAAAGCUAUGGAUCUUUUCGAUUUAGGUAAAGCUAAUAGAAAUGCAGCAGAAAAGAAAAGAUUAGAAUUCCAAAAAGCAUUUGAAGAUGAAUCUAAUUUAGAAAUUACAAGUUCAGGUCCUGCAUGUUCAACUUCAUCAGUUCCAGAUGAAAAUUAUAAAGUUAAACCAAGAACCAAGACAAUAACAUGGGAAGAAUCUGAAAAAGAUCUUUUGGAUGGAUUAAGUAAUUUUAGUAAUAAAGAAGUUUUAGUUAUUGGUGUUAAAUCAGAUAUUUUAUUUCCUCAUUGGCAACAAUUAGAAAUUGCAAAUAAAUUAAAAGAAGGUAAUCAAAAAGUUUUCGGUGGUGAUGGUUCAAAUAUUAAACAUGUUGAAUUAGGUGAAGAUAUAAGUAUGUUUGGUCAUGAUACUUUCUUAUUAGAUGUUGAAAAUAUUGGUGGCCCAGUUAAAAAGUUUUUGAAUUAA